UUGUUAAAAAUGUACCGCACUUACUUAAAUGUCACAUUUCGAUUAGUCUAAAUGAUAAGAUAAUAUCUGAUAACCAACGAAAUGGAAGGGACACCUGUUUUUUGACAAUUAAGAAACAAACCAUGCUACUGUGAUGACCAAUAUACUGUGUCGAAGAUUGCUCAGGACAAAACAAUCCAAGUAUAUAACACUAGUCACUAGGAGUAUGAGUAUAAGACUAUUCGAAAGUUCGGACCAUGCUAAGUACUAUGCCCAAUUCAGACCAGACUAUCCGGAUACAGUGGUUCAGACAAUAGUUGAAUACUGUAAAUUAUCUUAUAACAAUCUUAAUACGGCUAUUGACGUUGGCUGUGGGACUGGACAAAGUACUCAUUCCUUAAAGACAUAUUUUAGUCACGUGAUUGGUUUAGAUGUGAGUGGAAAACAAAUAGAACAGGCGAAACUUAAAUACCAUGGCAUAAAUUUCAGAGUCGGACCAGCGGAAGACUUGUCAUUUUUGGAGUCUGGAAGUGUAAAUUUGAUAACUACAGCACAAGCAAUACACUGGAUGAAUCAUGAAAUAUUUUAUAAAGAAGUUGACCGAGUUUUAGGACCCGGAGGAGUUUUAGCGGUAUACGGUUAUGGGAUACCGGUAGAAAACAAAAAAGAAGCGCACAAACUUGUCUCACAUUUUUACUCUCAAACUCUGUCAGGAUAUUGGGACAAAGAAAGGAAGUAUGUAGAACAGCACUAUCAGAUGUUUCAUCUUCCAUACGAUGGUUGGACCAGAAAAGAUGAACUAGAAAUAGUUAAACACUGGUCAGUAGACCAGUAUACCGGUUAUAUUACCUCCUGGUCAGCAUGGCAGAAAUACCUCAAAGUACACCCCGAAUCAAAAGAUUUACAGACAUUACAUGACAAACUGAUAGAACUUUAUCCAAAUGAUGAAAUAAUGACCAUAAGAUGGCCUAUCUUUAUGUUACUUGGAACCAAGCCCAUGGCGUAGUCAAACAUUACUUCCUACUCACGUAUUUAAACAUGUUUAAGCAACACACAUGAUCAAUAUAUAUUUUAAAUAAAUCCAUUUUAUACAGUG